UUCAGCCACCUUCUAAGAAAUACUCUCUUUCCCUCUACAAGAAGAAUACAUAUUUUUUUCUUCUCUUCUUGGAGCUCUAAAACUUGCACUCCUCUUUUUUGGGAAAGCUAGAAAAACAUGUGGAAUGCCACUUGUUGUUGGUGAAUUUCAAAUAAUAAUUAGUAUAAUAAUAAAAUAAAAUAAAAAAUUAUUACUGAUACAGUGCAGUGGAAAUCUUGAAAAGAUUGCAUCUACUGGAGGUGGUAUUGGAGCUUGAGUUGCUUUUUUGAUGAUGUUUAAGAGCUAUUAUUAGAAAGAAAGAAAAGAUAGCAUUGAAGAAGACAGCAAAUAAUGGCUGAAGUGAAGGGAAGUUUUGUGCAGUGAUUAUUCACCUUUCCACCAUGCCUCUCUCUGAGUUUUUGAAGUUGCAUAAUCUUGAGUUUGGGGAGCCAAAAACAGCUUCAUCUUCGCCCGAUUUUUUAGAAAAUGAAGUGGUUGAGCUAGUAUGGGAAAAUGGCCAGAUUGUUAUGCAAGGUCAGUCGAGCAGAGGUAAGAGGAAUCCUACUUCUAACAAUCUAUCCUCGGAAAUGCCCGUGAUUCGAGACAAGCCUAAAGAAAAUCCCUCCUCCCGGGGGAUCCGAGGAAAGGCGUUUUUAAUGGAUGAAAUGGCGUUAUCUGUACCCACCAAUGAAAUGGAUUUGAGCCAGGAUGACGAGAUUGUGCCUUGGUUAAAUUACUCGCUAAAUAACAAUAGUCUGCAGUAUGAAUAUAGUUCUGGAGUAGUACCUGAAGCAUCUGGUCUGUCAGCAAACGAACUUCCUGCACAAAAUAAUUUCGUUUCGAUGGAUAAGACAGAUGGUUCUAAUCUGAUGGCAGUGAAUAAUUCAUCACCGAGAAAUGAUAAUAGAUUUGGGCUGUUCCCUUCGUGGUCUUAUAAAGCUCACCACCCAUCAGUUCCAUCCCUGGGAUCAGAUAUCGGAAUUAGUAAUGCCAGCAACAACCAAGAUUCUAUUUUGCGAGAUUCAGUGGAUACGAAGAUGCAGAAGCAAGAAUCAAGCAUUCUGGGAAGAGGCCCCCCCGGUUUAUUAAAUUUCUCUCAUUUCUCAAGACCAGUUUCACAUGCCCGAGCUAAUACUGGGAACAUUGCGGCUUCACCUGCAAUAGAAAAUAAAGAGAAAGAGCUAAGUGCAAAUUGGCGUAAUCCUGUAAAUCCUGCACCUGCUCAAACAUGUAGCACCUCAAAAAGGGAAAUGGACCGUCACAAUCAGCCUGAUUUACAAUGUUUUAAGAUCGACCACAGACCAGUUAUUGCCAAGACUCAUGAUACGUCUUUGAGUGAGGAUAUGAAAAAGAAUAACAAUAACAAUAACAAUAACCAGUAUGGUCAACCCAUUGAUCCAGUUGUGAACAAAGGAGUCUUAGGUGGUGAUAAAGCUGUUGAACCUGGGGCCGUUUGUUCUUCUGUAUGCUCCGGCAGUAGUCCAGAGAGAACUUCAAACGAUCAGUCCUAUACUUUAAAAAGAAAAUAUUGUGAUCUCGAGUCUGGAAGCCAAAGUGAAGAUAUUGAAGAAGAAUCUCUCGAUGUGAGAACAGAAGCUCCUGUUCGAGGAGGUACUGGGUCAAAAAGAAGCCGAGCGGCACAAGUGCACAACCUAUCUGAAAGACGGCGGAGGGACAGGAUCAAUGAAAAGAUGCGUGCAUUACAGGAACUCAUACCUAACUGCAAUAAGACGGAUAAAGCUUCAAUGCUUGAUGAAGCUAUUGAGUAUUUGAAGACACUUCAAUUUCAAUUGCAGAUUAUGUCAAUGGGAGCAGGUUUUUGUGUACCUCCAAUUAUAUAUCCAGCGGGUAUGCAUGCCACUCAGAUGCCAUAUUUUCCUCCUAUGGGUCUUGGGAUGGGAAUGGGAAUGGGAAUGGGAGUGGGAAUGGGAAUGGGUUUUGGUAUGGGUAUACAUGAAAUGAACGGUAGAUCCCCUGGAUAUCCUUUAUUUCCAAUAUCCCCUAUGCAACGAGUACAACUGUCUUCCCUGCCAUUUUCCGGGCCUAGUACCUUUCCAGGAAUAGCUGCAUCUAAUUUUCCAGUUUUUGGACAUCCCGGUCUAGGUAUUCCCAUAUCAAUCCCAAAAGCACCUACCAUUUCUAAAUCAGGGCAACCUGCCCGUAGUUCAGCUGUGGGUAUGGGUGCCUCAAGGAUGGGAAUUCAAGUAGAAGUCCCAUGUACAUCUGCUACAUUGAAACCUGAGGAUCUCGUAAAGACCAAGAGCUCACAACUGAUGAACAAUACCGACCCCAAUCGAUCAAUAAAUCAAACAUCAUCUCAGAGGAAAGCGUAGUGGUUAUUUCAGGAAAGAUGACUAAUUAUGACAAAAUGGUGCAAAAUGGUGAUCAACUACUUCAUGAUUGUGACAACCCAACCGUUAACUUCACGAGCUCAACUGGCAGUGAAGCUGCUUCUGAUUAGCAGUGGGCACUAUAUGAUGUGAUUAGUGAAAGGGACUGAUUUUGGCACUAUUAGUCCCUGCCUCCACUCAAAGGAGAUUCAACGCCCUGUUAGAAUGAGGCUUUGUAUUUGUACAUUGAUCAUAACUUAGGCAGUUUGGGUGGAUCCUUUUUCCUUCCUCCUUCAGUAUGAUCUCUUCCCAGUGCUUUCAUGUCCAUCAGAUGUAUAACCGAAUUUGUAAUGAAUAAUGGCAGUGCAAAAGUUUAUACAUUUUCAGCAGAAUAUGGUGUCUAUAGUGUAUGUUUAUCUUUGCUUUGUUAUAAGUGUGUGUUUUACCUGCCUUUCGGAGACUGGAAAUUCUCACAUUGAUGAAGACAAUCAGCAGAAACAUUCUUUGUCAUGUCUAUUAUAAUUCAUACAAGUACAUGUGGUGUUUGUG